AGCCAGCAGCAAAGAAUCGCGAGUAGAUGGCGACGGCGACGACGACGGUGCAGGCGCAGCCAGGACUCGACGCGCGCGAGUGGGACGAGGGGGCGUACCGGCAGGGCAUCCUGCGGGAGCGCGACCUCUCCUGCCGCACCCUCUUCCGCACCGUCUUCUACGACCACCGCGACGAACCCGACCCACACGUCCUCCUCGCCGCCGCCUCCAGCAACGGUCCUUCUCGCUGUCUUCCUGCAUCUCCUCCUCCGCCUCCGCCCACGGCGCCCCCCAGUUUUCGCCUCACCCCUCCCCCUCCUCCCCCACUCCCUAGUCUAUUCUGUGUGUACAAACACCCCGUUCCCCUUGAUUUGAUUCAGCCGGCUGCCACCGCGCUGGUCGACCCGUCUGCAUCAUCCAAGCACAUAGUGGCGCCGUCUAUGACGCCAAGUUCUACAACGAUCUGA